CUGGUCGCAGUAGGCGUAUCAAAUGGGAGGAGCUUCAGCACGAGAACAUCAUCACUCCAAGUCAUAAUAUUUGUAGUUAGUUUGUUGGAGUAUCUCGUUUCGUAAACAGCACACUUUCAAAUUCUCGUACAUACACUUCGUUCCGAAAAAAUGUGCUAGUGCCGUUUCGGAUUUAGUGCAAAGACUGAUAAGUGCGCAAUGACUGUUACGGGCAAUUUGGGCAUUAUGCACAGACAUUGCUUUGGAUACCCCUUUCAAGGUACCACAUACAAAUAUACAGGGUGUAGCGAUAAUGACGGCUUUUUGCCAGGUCAGGGCCGGGUGAACCAAUUGGGGGGCGUCUUCAUAAACGGGCGCCCUUUGCCCAACCACAUAAGACUGAAAAUCGUUGAAAUGGCCGCGAACGGAAUACGGCCCUGUGUUAUCUCCAGGCAACUGAGGGUCUCCCACGGAUGCGUCAGCAAAAUACUCAAUAGGUACCAGGAGACUGGCUCUAUCCGUCCCGGCGUCAUCGGUGGCUCGAAACCUCGCGUCGCGACGCCCGAAGUCGAGAACCGAAUCGAGCAAUAUAAGCGUGAAAAUCCGUCGAUUUUCAGCUGGGAAAUUCGCGACCGACUAGUCAAAGAGGGAAUUUGCGACCGAAGUACGGCGCCCAGCGUUUCGGCAAUUUCCCGGCUGUUGCGAGGAAAAGGUGGAGAAUGUGACGACAAAUCCACCGACAACGAAGGCGUCUCUGACUGCGAUAGCGAACCGGGGAUUCCCCUGAAACGCAAACAGCGCCGCUCCCGAACAACCUUCACCGCUCACCAAUUGGACGAGCUGGAGAAGGCCUUCGAACGUACCCAAUACCCUGACAUCUACACCAGGGAGGAACUCGCCCAAAGGACUAAACUAACAGAAGCCCGAAUCCAGGUCUGGUUCAGUAACCGACGUGCCAGACUUCGAAAACAAAUCACUUCGGCUGCUACGCCUUUAGUGCGCUCCUACGCCCCUGAACGCUACCCGCCCCUGGCACAAGGCGUGAACGACGACGCCUUCAACAGCGUCGCGACGCCGACGCCAACCUCAGUGAUGACAGAGCUGUAUCCAAGUCCGGUUCCGGGCCACUCGACGUCCCCCAACCUCCCAUUGACCCACAACAUUGCCCAUAACCCAUAUCCGUCCCAUUCCAUCUACCCAUCGUCCAAUCUAAUGCCCCUCAACAACAUCCAGAAUUUGAGCCAAAGCGGGAUCAAUUACAAGGACACGAACGACAACAACGUUUCGGCGGUUACGACCCAACAUCAGGGAUACCCCACCAACACUGUGACGAUCCUUGGGCCCAACAGGAACAGCAACAGUAAUGAGCCCCCAUGCCCCACCGACGCCCCCGCCCCCAACAACCUCCAGUGGGGGAUGCCCCCCGCCCAAAUCCCGCGCAAUCCCAGCCCCAGUCAAAAUAUUCCCACUAGUUUGGGGCAGAUUGGACAACCGUUGAGUCAAAGUUUUCCCGCGUUUGGACAAAACAGUAUCGAUAAUACAGGAAUCCACUAUUCAGCGCACAAUUCGCCCAAAAGUUUCGGACAUCAGCCGUACUAUGGGUGGUUUUGACGAAUUUUGAAUUUGAAACCCGUUAAAGAAAUCGGUUUACCAGUGAUGAAGUUUUGUAUUUUUUGUAUUAUUAUCUUGCACUGUGUUUGAGGGCAAAUCAGGAGAUAGAGCCAAAUGGGUUUUUAAUAAUACUUCACCCACAGUAAUUUAAGUUAAGUAAUAUAUUGUGUAGGUUUAUGAUUAUUUUCGUAUUGUAUUACCUAUUUUCGCAUUUCUUUGUAUCAUAGUGUGAAUAAAAUAAAUGAGACAAGUCGGAAA